AUGCACUCGCAAUAUCUUGCUAUGCGACCCGUUUCACCAUUCAGACGCUGGUGUCGACCAGUGUCUUGCGCAUGGAUCUUGAUUUCGAUCCCAAUACUGCUGAGUGCAGAUGUCAGUGGCCGCAAUUUUGGCUACGUGGGCAAGCAAGACUUACUGAAGUUGAUGCGCGAACGAGAUGGCAUCCAGUUAAGUUCCAGAGCGCGAGACGGACGCCAGACGCCCUUAAGUCAUUCGGGAAAGCUGCUAUUGUCCAGGAUUGCCGAAGCGGGCAACAGGACUGAUUGGAACACAGUUCAAUGGCUGUUUUCGUCUUAUAAUGGCACUGAAAUUCAGAUUUUCAAUGCUGUGCUGCACCUCGCAUUUCGUUGUAGCCAGUGCAAGGCGGGGGCACGGAUUUAUGAACGAGUGUGCCAGUUAAACGUGACGAAGAAUUCAUUGACCUUUAUAGCUGCUAUUGCGAUACAUUCAGAAUUGAAGCAGCCGCAUGUCGUGCGGCAGAUAUGGACAGAGGCCUUGCAGAGCUGCAGCCUUGACGAGCUACUAGCCCAGGCGCGCAUUGCUGCUGCAGCAGCUGAGGGAGACGUCUACACGGCCGCCGAAGUUCUGGACACCAUGAACGGGAAGCGUGUCCAAAUCAACAAUGCUCAUAUCACGUCUGCCAUACGAGCGUGCUGGGAUGCAAAACGCAAUCAUCAGAAUGCAGCAGAGAACGCUGCACUAACACGGAUCUUGAAGACCUACAACAACAUGAAGGACUCCGGCGUGCGACCUAACAGAGCCUUCGCAGACGUGUUCUUGAUUGCGGUUCUUGGCGUGUUGAUAUGUCAACUUUAUGCAGUUUGCUGGCGG